AUGAAGAUCAUCAUCAUUGGAGGUUCGUAUGCUGGCCAUAUUGCGUUCAACACAUUGUACAAUAAUGCUCAAGAUAGGCAUCUUGAGGUCACCAUGGUGUCUAUGACUUCUCAUGCGUACUUCAACGUGGCCGCACCCCGGUUGUUGGUGGAACCAGACCGCUUUGACGAAACGAUCUUCUCCAACGAAGAGUUCGUCACUAAAAACCUGAGAGGCAAAGGGAAAUUCGUUCUAGGGAAGGCAGUGGCAGUCGAUGUCAAAUUACAAACCGUCAAAGUAGACAUAGACGGAACUGACGCGAUCUUAAGUUACGACAUGUUGGUGAUCGCUGUUGGCACUUCGAAUCAAUUCGCUGGAUUCAAGGUGCACAAAUCGCACAAGGUUGCCAAAGAAGCCAUCGAAGACAUGGCUCAGAAGCUCCGGACAUCCAAACUGAUCGCGAUUGUAGGUGGUGGCCCCACUGGAGUGGAAACAGCCGGCGAGAUCGCUUUAAAUAUCGAUACCAUUGAUGUCACCUUAUACACGGGCAGAUCUGGGCCCUUGGCGGACUACCCCAAGUUGAAGCAAGGAGCACAGCAGAAAUUAACCAAGCUCGGGGUCAACAUCGUCAAUGGUAUCCGUGUCAAGUCCGUUCUCUAUCUCAAUGACAAAACCCAGGUGAUUCUAGACGAUGGAAGUACAUUUGACUAUGAUCUCGUCAUUCAGGCCAUUCGUCAGGCACCCCUUUCCGGGUUCUUGCCCGAAAGUCUUAAAGAUGCUAACGGAUACAUCAAAACCGACCGUCAUUUGGUGGUCAGGGGUACCAAGAACGUUCUUGCACUUGGAGACAUUGUUUCUGGAAGUCCUAGAACUUUUGCCGAUCUAAAGUAUAAUCAGGAAGCAGUUUUCGCUGCCACGAUCAAGCGCUUGUUAGGAAUUGACCGCACAGCAUUCAAGCGUUAUACUGCGGGCUUAAACACUAUUUAUGUUCCCAUGUCUGGAAUUUAUGGUGAAGGCUUAUGGUACGGAAUGAAAAUGCCGAACUGGUUGGUCCGGCGUUUCAAGUCCAAGACUUUCAUGAUGGAGAACGCAGCGUAUAUAUUGAAUUAA